AUGUCCUUGCUCUCGUUGUUAACGCAAUCGAAGCUGACGAUACUGACGGACACAGUUCAGUUGUUCGAUAAAGAGAAUGACUUCGACUUGCAGUUUGCGAAGGCAGCUAAUCCGAGCCAAGAUCGAAGCAAGCGAACUGACAAUUCCUUACAAAUAUGGAUAUUAGAAACGAAAGGAGUUCAGGUCAAGAAAAGGUAUUUUUGUGAGCUUUGCCUCGAUAAAACCCUUUAUGCAAGAACGUCUUCAAAGCAGAAAGUCGACAUGUGUUUCUGGGGAGAAAACUUUGAAUUCAGCAAUCUUCCUGGUAUGAGCACGGUGAACAUCAAUCUGUACAGAGAGGCAGACAAGAAGAAGAAGAAGGAGAAGAAUUCUCUUAUCGGUGUGGUCAGCAUACCCGUGGACACGAUCAACAGUCGCACGUUUACAGAGAAAUGGUAUCCUGUGACGUGCUUGGGGAUGGUGAAGCCGGGAAAGUCGGAGACGGUCGGGAUACGCCUCAAGCUUCGCUACCAGUCAGUCAACAUUCUGCCUCUAGAAUAUUACCAGGAUCUCAUUACGUACAUAUCAGCAGAGUACAAGCACUUGUGUGAGAUGCUGGAGCCAGUGAUAAGUGUGAAGGCCAAGGAAGACCUAGCUACCAAGAUGGUUCAUAUAAUGCAGAAGCGCGGCAAGGCGAAGGAGUUUCUCUGUGAUAUUGUUAUGGCUGAUGUUGACCGGUUAGAGCACGAGAACUUGACGUUCCGGGGCAACUCGAUAGCAACCAAAGCGAUGGAGGCGUACAUGAAGCUAGUCGGUGAGAAGUACCUGCAAGACACACUGUCUGAGUUCAUCAAGACGGUGCUGGAUGCGCAGGAUGACUGCGAGGUCGACCCCACGAAGGUGGCCAACAAUAGCAGUUUGGCAAAGCAUCAAGCCAGCUUGACAAUGUAUUGUGAGAUGGUGUGGUGUAAGAUCAUCAACUCAGGCUGUUAUUUUCCCAGUGAACUGAAAGCCGUGUUCGGCAUGAUUCGCGAGAAGCUCGUGGCGCGCGAGCAAGAAGACAUCGCCGACAACCUUAUCUCCAGCUGCAUCUUCCUGCGGUUCCUGUGUCCAGCGAUCCUCGCCCCUAGCCUAUUUGGCUUGACGCAAGAGUUCCCACAGGACCGGGCGGCACGGAAUCUCACGAUGACUGCCAAAACUAUCCAAAAUUUGGCAAAUUUUAACAGGUUUGGAAGUAAGGAGGAGUUCAUGAAAUUCAUGAACGAUUUUGUGGAGCAUCAAUGGGGCAACAUGAAAAGCUUCCUGCGACAAAUAUCAACCACAUCCAAAGACGAUAGCAAUUAUCUGGAGUAUGAUGGCUACAUUGACCUUGGGAAAGAACUCUCCAUACUGCACACUGUCCUCAGUGAAAGCCUACGCAAAGUGAAUAAGGGGCCCUGUCCCACACAGCUCGUGAAGCUGCACGAGAUUCUACUCAACAUCUCCGAGGACCAAAAAAACCCGACGGGCAGCGGCAGCAGGCAGCGCGCGGCCCCUAACAAGAAGUACACGGACGCGAGUCUGUCGAGCACCAGUGACCUAACGAUGGUGUCCGCGCCGUGCAAGACGUCGACUCUCGGCCGCGGGGCGACGACGAAACCCAAGUUGCGCAGCGCGAGGCGCGCCAACUUUGAUCUGAGCUCGAGCAGCGACGAGUACAGCACGCUGGAGAGCAAUCGCGAUCGCACCGAGCAGCUGCGCAAGCGCCUGCUCAACGGCGUCGGCAACGGCGACUACAUGGACAUCAUCAGCAUCAUGGACGAGAUGCAGGACGAGCACAACACAUCGGGCGAGAUGGACGCGGGCCAGAGCACCCGCUGCGGCGGCAGCGGCGGCGGCAGUAACAACAUGCAGGGCAGUCAGAUGAGCAUCAGCCAGCUGUCGAACGUGACGUCGUCCGGUUACCAGUCGUUCGCGCUCAGCCAGUCAAGCUCGCCGACUGAUGCGGCGGCGCGCGAGUCGGUCGCGAGCUCGCCGCCGGCAGCGCGACCCGCGCCGCUCUCGUUCGCCAACCCGCUCUACCACUGCCCGAUCAGCCCCGUGAAGCGGCUCAGCCUCGUUGCCGGCGGCAACGACCGCCGCACGUCGCGCUCCUCCAGCUGCAGCUCUGUGAGCGCUAACGUCAGCGACGACGACGAUGACGACGACGACGCUGACGAUGGCACGGUGCUGCACGCGCACCCGCUGCGUAAACUCUCACGCGAGGAGUCGUGCUCGGACGAGAGCGCGUCCGUGGCUCUGCCCGUGGCAACGCGGCGGCGCGACGCGACGCACGCGAACACGCUGCCUGCGGGAGCGGCCGCUCGCUCGCUCUCGGACGCCUGCGACAAUGCGCGGUCGCCGCACACGUGGGCGGCGGCGAGCCCGCAGCUUGGAGGCGGGUCGGACUCCUCGCUGCUUGUCGAAAAUCGCGCGUACUGGACGUUAGAGUCGGUGCACGCGAAUCGGCCGCGGCCGAAGCCGAGGAAGAGUGCCUCGCAGGAACCUGAGCCGACCGAACACACAGAGAAAAAGCAGUUGAUUGAGCAGGUGUCGCUGCUGCAGGAGCAGCUCCAGCAGAUGCAGCUACAACUGGGCGAGGCUGAGCAGCGGCUGUCCGAGCAGAACAAGCAGGCGCAGGAGGAGGUGCACGAGUGGAAGAGCCGCUACGAGGAGGGCGAGAUGCUGCUCAGUGAGCAGCAGGAGGAGAAGGAUCAGCAGAUGAAGAACAUCAUCGCGAGGUUGAUCGGUGUCGAGGAGGAACUACGCAAGGAGCAGCAGGAGAUGCAGAACGUCGUCGUCGUGAAGCAGAAGAUCAUCGACGCGCAGGAGCGGCGCAUACAGUCGCUCGACAGCGCAAACAACCGCCUGCUGGCCGCGCUCACGCAGCUCAAGGAUCGCUACCACAACUCCGAGAACCUGGCGCCGCCGCCGCCGCCGCUGUCUCCCGGCAUGCACCACGUGUCCGCGGACAACGCCGCGUUCCGUAGCAGCUCCUGUUAG